ACCUAACUACGAUCAACACGGUCGCACUACAAUCGUCAAAUUUUCAUUCGUAGUGCGAUCGUGUCCUAGUGGGACUGCGGUAUUACAUACUAUUAUGCACUUUCCGAUGUAUAUAUCUUUAUCAACAGGAGUUGCCAGUGCCUCAUACUGUUCCUAUUACAGCUCUGUAUACGAUAAAACUGAUUCUAAAUAUUGUUCUAAUGGAUGCUGCAACACAUACACAUUGAACCCCACUAAUCCAUGCUGUUACAGAAGAUACUCCGCUAGCUAUCCUGGAAUAUCGUUUGAAGCAGUUGCCGGCAUUGCUGUUUGUCUGUUUGUAGCCUUAAUUGCAGUUGUGACGAUUGUCGUAUGUCUGUGUUUUAAAUGUGCUAGAUCAAGAUCAUCUACCCAAGGACACGUUAUUACAUCAGCACAACCAACGGUUUCAUAUGAUGCUACUUCGAAUCAAACAGGUAUGCAAGGGUAUAGCCAGCCAUAUGGUGUCCAUAACAACAGUGGAUUUGUCCCUCCACCAGCAUAUAAUCAUACAGCCAUGCCUGGCCAGCAUCCUAGUUAAGGAUUAAAUACUAU